AUGGACGGAGGAGCACUGUACAAUCCUCGCACAGUCGAGGAGGUUUUCCGAGAUUUCAAGGGUCGACGAGCCGGCAUGAUCAAAGCCCUCACCACUGAUGUUGAAGAAUUUUAUCAGCAGUGCGAUCCUGAAAAGGAAAAUCUUUGUCUGUAUGGGUUCCCUAGUGAGCAAUGGGAAGUUAAUUUACCUGCUGAAGAGGUGCCUCCGGAGCUUCCAGAACCUGCAUUAGGUAUUAACUUUGCAAGAGAUGGAAUGCAAGAAAAGGACUGGUUGGCUCUUGUUGCUGUCCACAGUGAUGCAUGGUUACUUUCUGUGGCAUUCUAUUUUGGUGCUAGAUUUGGUUUUGACAGGGCUGACAGGAAACGUCUCUUCAAUAUGAUUAAUGAGCUUCCAACAAUUUUUGAGGUUGUAACGGGAACUGUAAAGAAACAAGUAAAGGAUAAGUCAUCACUGUCGAACCACAGCAGCAACAAAUCCAAAUCAAAUACCAAAGGGCGAGGUUCUGAAUCCCAGGGCAAGUAUUCAAAGAUGCAAGGAAAGGAUGAGGAAGAGGUAUUUGAGGAGGAAGAUGAAGAGGAGCAUGGAGAUACCUUGUGCGGGGCAUGUGGGGAGAACUAUGCUUCUGAUGAAUUCUGGAUUUUCUGUGAUGUAUGUGAGAAGUGGUUCCACGGAAAGUGUGUGAAGAUCACUCCUGCCAGGGCAGAGCACAUCAAGCAGUACAAGUGCCCUUCAUGCAGCAACAAGAGAGCACGACCCUGAUAUCCCAUUGAGGUUGGUGGGCUCUCAACUUUUGUAUUUGUCCCAUGUGAGUCUCAGCUAACUGUCCAGUUAUCAUCAGGUUUUCGGUCUUGUGUGUGAGCAAGGAAUGUGUAUGAAGUACUAAAUACAUUGUUUAUGCUGUGAUAUAAUGCUAGUUUCCGAACUCUUAAAUGCAUAUUAGUUGGUUCGAACUUGGAUACAUGUAGGUUUUUACUCUUGCUGGAAU